AUGGGCACUGUGGAUGCUGACUUGGCCUACCUCAAGAAAGAGGAUGUCUAUGCGCACCUGGGCAAGGUCAUCGACAGAGUGGUGGCCGAGAAGCCCAAGGAUGCCUGCAGCCUGGUCGAGGUGCUGAGUAGCUUCGUCAAGGAGCAGGCGCUCACCGCGCCGCCGGUGGAUGCCGGAGCUAUGCCGGAGGCGGAGGACAUCGCCGACCGCGUCAAGAAGCUAAGGUUGCUGGACGAGGCCCCAGCUGAGGAGGGCGCACCGAUCCAAGUUUGCACGUACUCCCGCUGGAGCUUGAACAAUCCCCAGAUGUUGUUUGAAGAGAUGUUUUACUUCAAUAUCUUGCUUGCGCAAGUGGAAUCACAGGCCUCGCUCGCCCAGCCCAGCUACAGUUCUUCUGCCAUCUUUGACCUGCUAGCGCAGUUCCUCGACCUGUGCCACUUCAACACAGCUGCCGCUGCGAUCAAGGCCCAAUGCCGAGAGAAGCCUCCGCCCUUCGACGCCCAGUUGGUUAAGUCCUUCAAGGCUCACCUGGACAACUGCGCACUCUUGCUGGCCGAUCUCGAGGCUUUUCAGCCGAAGCAGGUGGAUCCGCAGGAGGCUUCGGUGCAUGAGCUGCUGGACACGCUCCUUCGCAAGCUCAUGGCUACUGGGCAAUCGCUUUCAGACGAGAAGCUGCUAACCUGCAUUGACGGGGCCUUGAAGAGCGACGCCUUUCCCAAGUUCGCCUCGACGGAUGGCCCGGAGGGCAAAGAGGGCCACACGCUCGACAUCCUGAAUACCAGCGAUGUGGAUGCAUACAGGUUCUGGGAGAGCAUCUCAAAGGAGACGUCCAAGACGGAGGUCCCAGUACUACCCAAGGCUGCAGAGGCCCAGCCUGCUGUAGAGCCCACACCAGCUCCGACUCUGGCACAGCCUGAAUCGUCUGCGCACUAUCCGCCCAAGCGCAGAAACGCAACUCAGCAGGAGGUAUGGGACGUCAACGACGAGUAUCACGACGAUGAAGAUCCAGGUUAUCGAAUUCGAGAGAUCUACGAGGCAGAGCUGCUCGCUGAGCUCUCUCAGAAGCUGGGCCCGGCAAAGUCGGAGACCACUCCGGCAGGGGAUGAGCUGAGCUCUGCCGCGGCGGAGCCAGGCGCAGGUGAGGUCUCGCAGGAGACGGAGACGGCAGCCAAUCCUCAGUCCCCAGAGCCAGGAUCUGACUCUCGCACGCGGGCUGCAGGGGAGGACGCGGUCAGUGAGGCCUUGGGUGCUACUCCACAAGGAGGUGGCGACAGGGAGCCGCGCUCGGCUUCACCAACAUUUGGUGGUGCGCCUAUUGAUGAGCCGGUGGAGGACCCAACGGUCAGUGCACCACCGCCCGCCGCAGAAGGCGGCGGAAGUCCUUUGAGUGCUGGUGUGCCGCAAGAUCUCAGCUUCCCACAGACACCGACAGAUCAGGCGCCAGCAAAGCCUCUGAAGCCCCAUUUCCGGAAGGAUGUCAAGGCCCGUAGUGGGGCACUUGGUUUCGCUGAGUCGCUCCAGAGAAACGUCUCGCUCUACUUCCCCUUCCUGGCGUAUUACCAGAUCUCCUACUACAGGGCGGCGAUCUUCGACCUUGCAGAGGUUGGUGCAUUGGCGAAGUAUGGAUUUCCCGCAGACGUGGAGAACGUGUUGGGAGCUUCCGUUUCGGCAGCCUCCUUGACCUUGAAGGCCUUGGUUUCUGCAGCCCUCAUCGCCGCUGACCCCGACGGCAUCUCUCCGCGUUCGAGCUGGUUGCUGGAUGAGCCCGCGGCCUCGUGGCUAGGUCUGAGCUGGCAUCGAGAAGUGGAAGAGUGCUCCCGUCUGGAAAGUCCGUUCUGUUGGCCGCUGUUUGGGGCUCUGGGAAUGCUCAGGGACUCGGCCUGGCCCAGCAGCCAAAGCGCAGCAUGCUCUGAGGCCUCGGCAUCCUUCUGGACCGAGCUGCGGAAGGCGCUGAGCACGCACCAGGCCGUCCCGUUGCUCAGUAGCUUGAGGCUUCUCGAAGCCGAAGAAUGUCCUGCCGAUCUUUUGCUGCGUGCGGACGCGACGCUGGCCGUGGCAGACUGGGCGCGGCGCGCGGCUCUGCAAGAAGGAAGCCUGGCAGACGUGAAGGAGGCAAUCCAAAGAGCUCAAGAGCUGACUCGGCGGAUCUUGCGAGGAUCAUCGCUACUCGGGCUGGACGAGCUUUCUGCAUGGCCUGGUGGCUCCGAGCUCUUCUGGCUCUUGGAUAGGCUUCAGUGUGCGACGGAAGUCAGCAUUCAGCUGCUGAAGGGCCAUACCUUCAUGGGAGCCGAAAACAUUGGAAUGCGAAGCGACGUGGACAUCAUCUACAAGCUGCUGCUGUUCCCUUACCGAGAGCUGGUAUCUGACUUCAUACGUGCCAGACGAGUUCCCUACUGCAACGAGUCCAUUCUGCGCGAGGUGCAGAAGUUGGCGAAGCGGUUGCAGAGUGCCCGGGCUCACAAGGUUCGGGUCAUUGAGGUCGGCGCCAAUCUCGGUGAUUGUUCGAUUUGGACUGCGAAGCGGCUUCUUGCAGUACCCACUCUGCGCAGCAUCAAGGUCGUGGCCCUGGAAGCGCUGCCGGAUGCAGCUUCGGUGUUCCAAAAGUCGGUCGAGCAAAACGGCCUGGCCGGGGUGAUCGAGGUCAUUCGCGUGGCCGCAGGAGGUUCCAGGGGCCAUGUUGACCUCAAGGCCAAGCCAAGCAGCUCCAACUCCUUUACUCUGGUAGACCAGGAAGCAGACCAUGAGGCAGUCCGUGUCCAGCGGGAGCGACUGGACGACCUGAUCCGCUUCCGACGCAUCGAUCUGCUGAUCAGCCAUACAAACGGGCAGGAGCUCGAAGUCCUCCGUGGUGCCCGGCGAUUGCUGCAGCGAUCCCGAGACGUGACGGCGAUUCUUCAGCUGUAUGGUGCCGAGGGAGGUGUGAUUCGUGAUCCCAGCUACGACCCAUAUCGUCCGGUGAAGUGGCUGCUGGACCGUGGCUUCCAUGUGGCGCUUGCUCGCAAACCGGGGCUGCGCUUGCAGACCGCUGGAACCCUGCGGCAACACUUGAGAACAUCGCCUAUCGUGAACGUCAUCGGCAUCCGAAAGCGACGACAUGUGCGGAUUGGGAAAUCUCCUGCCCCCGAGCCAUAUCGGGUCUGUCUCAAUCUCACUGAUGGCGAACGACCGAGCAGCUGGGCUGAGGUAGAUGGGCGUGUUCUGAGGGAGAACUUGCAUUUGGUAAGAAUCUACUUGGGUCGAAGCCUUGGUGGCAGGGGAUCUGCAGAUGCCCCGCCCAUCGGUGCAGUUCUCAAAGCCAAUGCCUACGGACACGGCGCCGUCCUGGCAGGCCGCGUUCUGGCUUCUGCAAAAAUCGAUGCCUUGUUCGUAUCCGAAGUCCAGACCGGGUUGACGUUGCGGUCCUCUCCCGAGGUUCCGAAGUCCAUGGCGAUCAUCCUCUUGUACCGGACACCGCUGCAGGGAGUGAUCUGUCAGCUUACACAGGCGAGCAUCACAGUGUCGGUGCUCUCCAAAGCCUGGCUCGAGGAGGCACUUCUCUGGCCUCCCUGUGCAUCCAAGCUCAGGCUGCACCUGAUGGUCGACACAGGCCUGGGCAGAGAAGGUGUAGGAAUCCGAGAGGUCCCUGAGGUGACCGCUGCGAUCUUGGCCAACCCGCAUUGGUCUUUGGAGGGUCUCUACACGCACUGGUGCUGCCCGUAUGAUCCGCUGGAGAUGCACCGCUCGCACUUGGUUUUUGCCGAAGCUCUUGCUGCGGUUCGCGAGCUUCACCACAGGGCGGGCUUCCUCGAAAAUCAGCACUUCAUGGUGCACACUUCCAGCAGCUCUGCCGUCCUUCUCGGCGUUCACUACGACUUAUUGCGAGUGGGAGGCCUUCUUUUCGGGGAUCCGGUUUUGAUCGCAGAUGGAGCCGGAGGAGCUUUGCAAUUGCCCGGGCCUCACCGAACGCUUUUGUGGAAGAGCCGCGUCACUUCCCUGCGCUGGUCGAUUCCCGGGGAACGGUUCUCCACCUGUUCGCUGGCAGCGGGCUGUCAAGACACCCCUGUGUUUCACAAGCGUGUGCUGCUGGGCGUGAUUCCAGUGGGCGGCAACGAGUUCAGCGAUUCUAACGUCGUAAGCAGCUCCUUUCGCGAGAAGCUGCCACUCCUGGAGAAAUCACUGGAUGGUCUUCUCGUUGAGAUCCCGCCGACCACGCGCACUUUCCAGCACGCCUUUGAAGGAAUGGAGGUGCUUCUGUGCGGUGAGAACUGUGUUCAGGGGCUCUUCAACGUUCCGGAGCAUGUCCCCCGGCUGCUUGUGCAAGACCCGUCGAUCGACAUGAGGGCAUACUGCCCGCCAGUAGUCGUUUCGCAAGUGUAUGACUCCUUCGCCUUGCGCGUGGUCUUUGAGAGGGAUAAGACAGGCUUUGAAGAAAGCAAGGAGUUCCCCAUCCGAACGAACAUGGUGGUGGCGGCGAGGUACCAGAUCAUUGAGUACCUGGGAUCCGCCGCAUUUUCACGUGCGGUCCAGUGCUUGGACUUGGACAACAACAAGAUGGUCUGCAUGAAAAUCAUCAAGAAUGACAAGGACUUCUUCGACCAAUCCUUGGAUGAGAUCAAGCUGCUGAAGUACAUCAACGUAAACGGCGAUGUCGACUACAACAACGUCCUGCGCCUCUACGAUCACUUCUACCACAAGGAGCACUUGAUCAUCGUGACCGAGCUUCUCCGUGACAACCUGUACGAGUUCAGCAAGUUCAAUCGGGAGUGCGGUGAUGAGCCGUAUUUUACCAUCGGACGGCUGCAAAAGAUCUCUAGACAGAUCCUGACUGCCUUGGACUACGUGCACUCUCUGCGGCUCAUUCACUGCGACUUGAAGCCAGAGAACAUCCUCAUCAAGUCGUACAGCCGAUGUGAAGUCAAGGUCAUUGACUUCGGCUCCUCUUGCUUCAUCGAUGACCACUUGUCUUCCUACGUGCAGUCCCGGUCAUACCGAGCCCCCGAGGUGAUGCUAGGUCUCCCCUACGAUCAGAAGAUUGACCUCUGGUCCCUGGGCUGCAUCCUCGCUGAGCUCUGGACAGGCUAUGUCUUGUUCCAGAAUGACUCGGUGCAGAGUCUGCUGGCUCGAAUUCUGGGCAUCAUCGGCGAGUUUCCGUAUCACAUGAUGACCAGCGGAAAGUACGUUCCACAGUACUUCACGCAGGAUGGACAGCUCUACCAAGAGAUUGAGGGAGCACCCUGUCCAGAAAGAGGACGCCGACUGCAUCUUUUGGUGCCAAAGAAGACGUCCCUUCGACAGAGGAUGCGCACCAACGAUGAGCUGCUGCUGGAUUUCCUUGAGAAGCUGCUGCAGUGUCUUGCCUUCGAAGUCCAGGGCCUGCUUCCAGCCUACUGGUGCGCUCCACAGAACCUUCAGCGUUAUAUCCAGAUGGCCUGUGAGGGCAUCCCGGAGCAAGGCUAUGCCCAGAAAGAUGGUGGGGAGCCUGACGAAACGGACCCCGAUGCAGAACCUCCAGGACAAGGCGCCAACCAGUUUACAUACUAUGUGACCAACGACUUGGCCGGCGACUGGCGACGUUUGCCGGACAUCAAGCCCAAAGAGAUCAUCGCGGCGCGCGCCAUCAAGAGGCUGGUGACCGGGAACGCCGGCUCCAAGGUUAUCACGCAUCCUGCUUUCGAAGGGGCGGAGGAGGUCUAUCUCCGUGCUCAAAUCGCAAGAAUUACUGCAGACACCGUGAUUUGCAUGAAGGGCUACUUGAAGAAGGAGGAGGAAGAAGGAUCUCCGAUCGAGCAGAACGAAGAGUUUAUCUGCCCACCGGCGGCUGAACUGCUCAAAAUGGAGGCUUGGACCCAUAUGCAGCCUCACAUUCUCCGCAACGGGCGCACCACCCACAAAGAGAUUCCAGAGGGUGACACGCCAGAGGAACUUGAGCUGGCAGCGAAGAUGAAGGAGGAGCAAGAAGCAGAUCCCGAGAAGGAGGUCCUUCGUGGGCUGCACACAGACGGGCUGCAGUGGACUAUCAAGCAGGCUGGCGACGCCACGGUCUACCGUGCUUCAGCUGAUCCGGCUGCCCCACUGAGGUCCAGUGCGGUGACCUACGUCCGCUCUCUCUCAUGGCCCGGUGCGGUCACGGCGGUGCGCAACGGCCAGUUCGUGAGCAUAUAUGUCGGAUAUGGCCUCGCGGCCAGCAGCCCGAACUUCUUCCCCUUGGCACCUCCAGAUGUGCAAGAAGAGCCGGAGGACCCUGGUGAGGUAGAAGAGCCUCAGGGCUCCCUGGAAGAACCAAAGGAGCCGGAGGAGUAA